AUGGCCCCGCAGACAAACGAUAACAAACCGAUGUACGCCAAGGAUGAGAAGGCGCUCUGCUUCCACGGAGAGUUGUUGUAUGAUGCCAAAAUCACAGACGUGAAGAAAACAGAUCCCAAAGAGACAAAGUCCCCUUACCAUUACAAGGUCCACUACAAAGGCUGGAAGAAUACCUGGGACGACUGGGUCCCCCAGGAUCGACUUCGCAAAAACACAGAAGAAAAUCGUGAACUUGCAGCAAAUCUGCGCCAACAGGCCGCACUUAAAGCUGCUCCUAAAGUGACUGGUAAAACCCGCCGAGGACAAGGCUCGGAGAUUGGAUCUGGCAGAGGGUCAGAAGAACGUACAUCUUCUGUCCCUGCUGCCGGCGGUAGGGGAUCCAAGCGGGCAAGAGAUAAUGAUCUGGAAAAGGAAGACGCGUUCUACCUCCGCCCAUCAAUUCGCAUCAAUGUCCCUGACCACCUGAAGAAUCUCCUUGUUGACGAUUGGGAGAACGUUACGAAGUCACUGCUUCUCGUCCCCUUGCCUAGUCAAGCCCCCGCGAAUUACAUCAUCGACGAAUAUUUCAACGCAGAAAAGAUGAACCGCCGCUUGUGUUCGCCCGAAGCAGACAUCUUGGAGGAGUUCUGUGCGGGAUUGAAAAUGUACUUUGAGAAAGCUGUUGGUAAGAUCUUGUUGUACCGCUUUGAGAGAAGUCAGUUGGCAGAGGUUCGGAAACUCUGGGAAUCUGGGCGUUACAAAGAGUGGGAGGGCAAAGGUCCCGGCGAUUGCUACGGCGCCGAACAUCUCACACGCAUGAUCGUCAACCUGCCGGAAAUGAUUGCGCAGACAAACAUGGACGCGGAGGCCGUAUCUCGCCUGAAGACCGAACUCAGUAAGUUCAGCACCUGGUUGUCGAGGAAUAGUGGGAAAUAUUUCUGUGCGAAAUAUGAGAAACCGAGUGCGGAGUACAUCGAGAGCGCCCGAUAG